CACCGCUUUGGAUCGGACUACUACACUCCAGGCAUGACGUCGCCGGAUACAGUUCUUCCACCAGCCAAUCACAGCACUCGGGAGGCGGGCGCUCGCCAUUCGCGCCUGAAGUUUAGCGGGUGUCGCGUGAGACUGAAUGAGUGAGAGUUGAUCAUGGCGGGAGUCAUCCGCAGACUCGAUGAGACUGUAGUGAACCGCAUCGCAGCAGGAGAGAUUAUCCAGCGGCCUGCCAAUGCUAUCAAAGAGAUGAUGGAGAACUGUUUGGAUGCAAAGGCCACAAAUAUCCAGAUAACAGUGAAAGAGGGCGGACUGAAGCUCAUCCUCAUUCAGGACAAUGGCACUGGCAUCAGGAAAGAUGAUAUGGAAAUAGUCUGUGAGCGUUUUACAACCAGCAAGCUUCAGUCUUUUGAGGACUUGUCAUCGAUCGCAACAUAUGGAUUCAGAGGGGAGGCUCUCGCCAGUGUAAGUCAUGUAGCCCAUGUCACAAUCACCACAAAAACAGCCGAUGCAAAAUGUGCCUACAGAGCCAGUUACUGUGAUGGGAAGCUGAAAGCUCCACCUAAACCCUGUGCUGGAAACCAAGGGACGUUGAUUUCUGUAGAAGAUCUGUUCUAUAAUGUGUCAACCCGACGGAAAGCCCUGAAGAGCCCCAGCGAGGAAUAUUCUAGAAUCAUUGAGGUUGUGAGCAGAUACGCCAUUCACAACUCUGGGAACAGUUUUUCUGUCAAGAAGCAAGGUGAGAUGGUUGCAGAUGUGAAGACCCUUCAGAACGCCUCUGUGCUGGACAACAUUCGUGUUGUGUUUGGUGUAGCUGUUAGCAGGGAGCUGAUUGAAGUUGAGUGUGAAGAUCAGAAACUCGCUUUUAAAAUGAAGGGCUACAUCUCCAAUGCCAACUACUCUGUCAAGAAAUGCAUCCUUAUCCUUUUUAUCAACCAUCGCUUGGUGGAAUCUAAUGCCUUGAAGAAAGCAAUUGAGACUGUCUACACUGCUUAUCUUCCCAAAAACACUCAUCCUUUUCUUUAUCUUAGUUUAGAGAUUGCCCCUCAAAACAUCGACGUGAACGUUCACCCCACCAAGCACGAGGUGCACUUCCUGCAUGAGGACAGCAUCAUCGAGAGCAUUCAGAAACACAUAGAGAGUAAACUGCUCGGCUCUAACUCCUCACGCACAUACUUCACGCAGACUCUGCUUCCAGGACUUUCGGCGUCCACCAGCGUGACAAAAGCCUCUAGUUCCUCAGCAGAUUCCCAGGAGCGCGUAUACGCCCAUCAGAUGGUCCGCACUGACAGCAAAGUCCAGAAGCUGGAUGCAUUUCUCCAGCCAUCAGCCUCAUCCUCUGCUGCUCAGAGCAGGUCAGAUAAAGCCUCCAGCUCUUCCACUGCUGCUCAGGGUUCAGCCGAACCAGACGACUCGGAGCUGCUGACUGCUCUGGAUGUUCUGGAGCCGUGUGAUGCAGAGGAUCCACAGACAGACAGUCAACCUCCUCCUGAUGAAGCACCACCAAGGAAAAGGCCUCACGUUGAGGAGGUGAAGGAGGAUUUGACAGCCGCCUCUCUACCCAGGAGACGCGUCAUUAAACUGAGCAGCAUAAAGGAGCUCCGAGAAGAUAUUGAGCAGCAAACUCACAAAGGUUUACAGGAUCUUCUCCAGAAUCACUCAUUUGUAGGUUCAGUCAAUCCUCAGUGGACUCUAGUGCAGCACCAGACCAAACUCUACCUGCUCAAUACAACCAAACUCAGCCAGGCGCUGUUUUAUCAAAUUUUGAUCUAUGAUUUUGGUAACUUCGGGGUUCUUCGAUUGUCGAAUCCAGCUCCACUCUAUGAUUUGGCCAUGUUGGCUCUGGAUUCGGAGGAGAGUGGGUGGACGGAGGAAGACGGUCCAAAAGAAGGACUGGCCCAGUAUAUCGUGGAUUUUCUGAAGCAGAAAUCAGAAAUGCUGGAGGAGUACUUUUCUCUGGAAAUAGAUGAAGAAGGGAACCUGACUGGUCUGCCAAUGCUGCUUGAUAAUUACACUCCUGCUAUGGAGGGACUUCCCAUGUUCAUUCUGCGUUUAGCCACAGAGGUGAACUGGGAUCGAGAGAAGGAUUGUUUUCAUGACUUCAGCAUAGAAUGCAGUCACUUCUAUUCCAUAAGGAAACAAUUCACACUGGAGCCGGAUGCAGAAGAGCCGCAGGAUUCAGAGAUGAGCUGGCAGUGGAAGGUGGAGCAUGUGCUGUUCAAAGCGCUACGCACUCUCUUCAGUCCUCCAAAACACUUCAGUGAAGACGGCAGCGUUCUGCAGAUAGCCAGCCUGCCUGAACUCUACAAAGUCUUUGAAAGAUGCUAAAUUUUAGUACUCUGUUGUAUAAUAGUUUUAAUGCUGUACUAUCAAAAAAUGGCUGCUUUUCUACGUGUUUUCUUUGUUAGCCGACUAAAUGAAAAUGACUGACAGUGAUAAACAGCCUGUCACAUUAUUUCAGGUGACCAGCUAACAUUAAACUAAGAUGUACAGAUAUUUGAACUGCAAAUGAUUAAAAAAGACUGCAUUUUGAAAUAAACAACCAUUUUCAUUACUGUCUACUGAUGGAACUGACUUUAAUACCAUAAUGCACUUACACACAUGCAUCUGGCAGAUGAUUUUAUCUAAAGCUAACUGGAUAAAUCCAAAAGUGUGAUUUAGAUGCCAAAUAAAACACAUCAAGUACAUCAUGUCAAAAUAACUUUUAAAGUGAAGCGUGUCAUUUUGCACCACUAACAGCACCAAAAAAAGAAAAGAAAAAGGAAUAGUUCUGCAGUGAAUGGGUGCCGUUAGAAUAAGAGUUCAAACAUUUGAUGAAAACAUCACAAUAAUCCACAAGUAAUCCAUACAACUCUAGUCCAUCAAUUGAUGUUGGAAAUGCUGUGUGAAUACAUGUAAUGCUACAUUUCUUCAAAUCUGUUCAAAUGAAGAAACAAACUCGUCUACAUCUUGAAUGGCCUGAGGAAAUUUUCAUUUUUAGGUGACUAUUCCUUUAAUGUUAAACAUGCAAUAUCAUGUCAUGUAUAAAAUCAACAUAAUACUGUUUAUCAUUGCAUAAUGUUAUUUCAUUUCAAUUAAUUGUAGUAUGCACUAAAGGCUGUUUUUACAUGCAUGUGGCCAUUCGUUUAGCCAGUGCUGUUAUGUUGGGCUGCAUCACACAGAUUGCAAUUCUGGGUAACACUCUUAUUUUGAUAGUUCACUUUAGACAUUCUACUAACAGUAAGUAACUUUGCAACUACAUGUCAACUAGCAGUCAUUAGAGUAUUAGUAGACUGUCUGCUUAAUAUCUACUAACACUUUAUUUUGAUGGGUCCACAACAUACUGAGUAUGAGAAACUUUGAGAGAGGUCAGUUUGUAAAUCGUGUAGUUUAUUUACAGUAUACUUUGCAGCUGCUUUAGUCACAAUCACUGUGCGCAUGAAGUGUCAGACAAUUGGUUUCUAGUGUGAUUAAAAAGUUACACCAAACCUGAAUACAACAGCAUUGUGAAAGGCAUCAAGUGGCAUUUGGGACUUGAAAUCUGAAGAUGUCACAGUAGAAACAUCGGUCUCUUACUGGGAGUUAAAAUCAUUAUAUUUAGUGUAAAAUUGAUGUAGUCCAUUGUGACAAAGCACUUCAAAAAAAAAAAAAAAACACUAACAAAA